AUGUCACUACUCUGCCUUCAGCAUGAACAUAUUACGAAGGACUUAUGGGAAGGCAAUGAACGAGUUCUUAGACCCAGACGAGCUGGAGUCUGGAUUCUAAACAACCAAGACUUAAUCAAUUUGCCUGUGAAAUAUUUAAUUGAACAGGCUGGAUUUGGACAUGCCUUGUAUAUUCCAGACAUGGAUGUCAACCACCUUCUAAUCACUUCCUUAUUAGAAAGGUGGAUGAUAGAAACUCACACAUUCCACUUUCCACAUGGAGAAACCACUAUGACCUUAGAGGAUGUGGUAGUCCUCCUUGGCCUAUCGAUAGAUGGAGAUGUGGUCACUGGUCCCACCAUGGUGGAAGACAUAUUCUCGACCUUCCCUGAACAUCUAGGGGUAAUUCCACCACCGACGGUGAUAAGAGGAAACUCAAUUAGAGUUUCUUGGCUAAAUAGUACUUUCCAACAACUUCCACAGUAUGUAAACAACAAUGUUAUUGCUCAAUUUUUGGCCUGUCUAUAUCGUGGCCUAGAUCAUGGCAUUCACCUAAGCCAAGAAAAUAUUGGUGGAUGCAUGAUUUUGUUACAAUGUUGGGCUUGGGAGAGGAUGACUUCUAUAGCUCCACAACUUGAGCCUUUAAGUGAUGAGGAAGUGGUUGAUGGGGAUGGUUUCCCCGUAUACAGAAGGUAA